ACUACUGAGGUUUUAACAUACAAAGCGCCAAAGUAUAAGCCGUCAGCUAUGGAGUCUGUCGGCCAUUACUCUGCAACUCCGAGUUCGCUCUUCCUCUCCAUCUCCUCCUCCUCCUCAGCCAAGCUCUCCGGUCAGACCUCUCUUUCCUCGCUCGCUUUCUCCCACAGACCGAUAAUGCCGAAGAGAGAGGUGAUUUCCGCCUCUUCCCAAACCCAAGCCCCUCUCUCGCCGUCGCCGCCGGAGAAGGAGAACAAGCUCUGGGGCGGAAGGUUCGAGGAGAGCGUCACCGACGUAGUCGAGCGCUUCACCGAGUCGAUCUCCUUCGAUAAGGUCUUGUAUAAGCACGAUAUCAUGGGGAGUCGUGCUCACGCUUCUAUGCUCGCCAAACAGGGAUUGAUGAGUGCAAGUGAUAGGGAUAGUAUUCUUAAAGGUCUUGAUGAGAUAGAGAGGCGCAUCGAAAAGGGCGAGUUUGUCUGGAGAACUGAUAGGGAGGAUGUGCACAUGAACAUCGAAGCAGCGCUUAUUGAUAUGAUUGGUGAACCUGCAAAGAAGCUUCACACUGCUCGGAGUCGAAACGAUCAAGUGUUGACUGACUUCCGUCUAUGGUGUCGGGAUGCGAUUGAUUCUGUCGUCGAACGCGUUAAACAUCUUCAGGUUGCAUUGGUGAAAUUGGCAUUAAAGAAUGAGGGUCUUAUUGUCCCUGGUUAUACGCACUUACAAAGGGCUCAGCCUGUUCUUCUGCAGCACCUUCUGUUAGCAUUUGUUGAGCAGCUUGAACGUGAUGCUGGCCGUUUACUAGAUUGCAGAGUUCGCCUGAACUUCUGCCCGUUAGGUGCUUGUGCAUUGGCUGGUACUGGCCUUCCAAUUGAUCGGUUUAUGACUUCUGAGGCUUUAGGAUUCACUGCUCCCAUGAGAAACAGUAUUGAUGCAGUGUCAGACAGAGAUUUUGUCUUAGAGUUUCUUUCUGCUAAUUCAAUCAUUGCCAUUCAUCUUUCCCGGCUUGGGGAGGAAUGGGUUUUGUGGGCAUCUGAAGAGUUUGGGUUUAUCACGCCUAGUGACUCUGUUUCAACUGGAAGUAGUAUCAUGCCUCAGAAGAAAAAUCCAGAUCCUAUGGAGCUGGUCCGUGGAAAGUCUGCUAGAGUAGUAGGAGACCUGGUUACUCUUCUAACACUGUGCAAAGGACUUCCUCUUGCUUACAAUCGUGAUUUGCAGGAGGACAAGGAACCUGUAUUUGACAGCGUCAAGACAAUUUUGGGAAUGCUUGAAGUGUCAGCAGAGUUUGCACAGAAUAUUACCUUCAAUCAGGACAGAAUUAAAAAGGCUUUACCUGCUGGAUAUCUCGAUGCUACAACACUAGCUGAUUAUCUCGUGAAGAAGGGAGUACCCUUUAGAACUUCUCAUGACAUAGUUGGGAGGUCCGUUGCGUUGUGCGACUCAAAGAACUGUCAGCUUCGGGACUUGAGUCUCGAUGAGCUGAAAAGCAUAAACCCAAUGUUUGACAAGGAUGUUUAUGAUUAUCUGGGAGUAGAAAAUUCUAUUGAGAAAUUCUGUUCAUACGGUUCCACAGGCUCAUCAUGCGUUGCCGAUCAACUAAGUUACUGGACUGCCAAACUUGAAAUCAGCUAAGAGUCCUAACUUAAGAUUCGUUCUGAAGUUGUCACAAACGAAAAGCCAUCUUUGCUAGUCUAGAGGCUUAAAAGUUGAAGACUGGUGCUAUUGAGAUUCCAGAAAACCGAUGCAGCUAGCUUUACGAAUUCUAACUUAUGUGAUGGCUCAAGAUCUAAAGUCUUCUGCUUUCUCUUAAGGUUUUUCUAUUAAGGAUAGAAUUUUCUGUAUUCAAUUUCAAAUUUGUUUUGUUAAAAUCCCAUUCUCUGGUGACUGACUGGUAUUUGUCACUUGCCGGAAAAUAAAGGAUAAGUUCUAGAGCAUACAUAAGAGAAUAUGAGAACAGUUACUUUUAGUUUGCAUUGUUAUUUGACAAGUGAUUUUGUGGAACAUAAAAUUGAACGACUUGGAUAGAUUUUCCUCUC